AUGGCCGAAUUUCUAAGCCCAUUUGUGUUUUGGGGACAAAAUUCCAAAUCUGUCUCAUUGCGAGUUGAUUUGAGGGAUGUCAAAAAUGAAACAGUAAAUAUAGAUGAAAACAGUAUUCAGUUUGAUGCAACUGCUGUUGGUCUCAAGGGUAAUCAUAAAUAUAAAUUUGAUAUUGACUUUUAUCUACCUGUGGAUCCAAAGGAAAGCAGUUAUAAAGUAACAGAAAAAUGUGUUGAAUUUGAACUGAAAAAAGAAGGUGAAGAUGAGGUAUGGCCAAGAUUAACAGAAAAACAAGUCAAACUUCCGUGGCUUAAAAUAGAUUUUGAUAAAUUUCAACUAGAAGACGACUCAGACAAUGAAAACAAAAAUGUAAGUACUACAAAAUUUUUCAAAAGUUCAUUAAAAAAAAUGAGAAGAAGAAAAAGAUCAGGAAAUAUUAAGCCAUUUGAUUUUAAGUUAACUUACACCUUACUAUAUAAUUUAUUUCAAUUUGUGGGAUUUUUGUUUAUAUUUGUAAAGCUACAGUACCAAUAUUAUCAACAUGGAGAAGAAGCUAAAAAGAUAGCAUUUGAAGAUGUUGGUAGUCAGAUUAUGUUAUGUCAGAUUAUAGCUGUAUUAGAAAUCAUACAUCCAAUGAUUGGAUUAGUUAAAACUGGUUGGAUAGCUCCUUUGGCACAGGUGUUUGGUAUUAAUUUUAUUUUGUUUGUAUUAAUUUUUCAAGAACAACAAUUACAACAUGCUCCUGUUACAUGGUAUUUAUUUACUGUGUGGAGUUUUAUAGAAUUAGUUAGAUACCCAUAUUAUAUGUUAAGUAGUGCCAAUAUAGAUAUAGGAUUAUUAACAUGGUUAAGAUAUACAUUAUGGAUACCAUUAUAUCCUAUUGGUUUCUUAUUAGAAGGUAACAAUGAAUUAUCAUAUUUUUCUAAUGCAAUAUUGAGAUAA